AAUUGUUCCUCCCUAAAAUGACCUCCCAUUGCACAUGAUGCCACUUGCUUUACAAACGUGAAAGCAUAUGGAGCAAUGGAUGGAUAAGGCCCUCGCCGUCUUAGACCAGUAAUCGCUCUCGAGUUCCCAACACACACACACUCUCUCUCACUCUUUCUCCAACCAUCGAAACCCCCAAACCAUGCUGCUCCUAUCUCCGACGCCGGCCCAGCUCAUCCCGCCAUCUCGACGCCGCCGUUCUCGCUCCGCCGCCGCCGCCGCCGCCGCAAAGACCCGCAUUCCUGCUCCAUCCAGGGUGCUCUCCAUGGCCAAAGAUACCAGCGACCCGGACUCGGACGUGGGCCUCGCCGGCAAGGCCGCCAUCGCCGGGGGCCUGGUCUCGACCCCGGUGAUCGCGUGGUCCCUCUACACCCUCAAGACGACGGGCUGCGGCCUCCCGCCGGGCCCCGGCGGCUCCAUCGGCGCGCUGGAGGGCGUGAGCUACCUGGCGGUGCUGGGGAUCGUGGGCUGGUCGGCCUACACCAAGUCCAAGACCGGGUCGGGCCUGCCCAGCGGGCCCUUCGGCCUUCUGGGCGCCGUGGAAGGGCUGUCAUACCUGGCGCUGCUGGGGAUCGCCGUCGUCUUCGCGCUGCAGUUCUUCGAGAAGGGGUACAUUCCCGGCCCGUUGCCGGCAGAUCAGUGCUUCGGCUGAGCUGAGGUUGAUCCCUCUCUCUCUCUUGGAGCAUAGACGGUGUGGACAUGAGCCAUUUCAACGUUAUCGUGUGUUUGUGGUGGGGAUUGGCCCUUGGACGAAGCCUUACAUACGCGGUCCAUUUUUUCUUUUGUCCGCGACUAUUGUUCUAUUUGCUUGAUUGGCAACCCGCAUUUGUACAUUUUUAUUAAGGUUCGUGUCAACGAAUGCUCGGUAUCACUUAUUUAAUGUAUGUAGUGAAAGGACCAUAAAUCCGACUCGA